UGGUGGCGGGCAAUACCGUCGUGAACCGAGGCGUUUGGUCAACAGUGAAAAGUGAUCAUUGGUGGCAGCAUAUUGCGAAUCAGGUAUUUGAAGAUGACGACUGGAUACGCCACUUUCGGAUGAGACGGGCCACUUUCAGUUACCUGUGUGAACAGCUUCGUCCUGAAAUAGAAAAGGCAGACACCCAUCUUCGCAAGGCUAUAGGAGUGCGUAAAAGAAUUGCCAUUACCUUGUGGCGAUUAGCCACAAAUGUGGAGUACCGUACCAUUGCCCAGCUAUUUGGAGUUGGAAUAUCAACAGUGUGCAACAUCGUUCAUCAAACAUGCCAAGCAAUCGUGUCAGUUUUGACUCCGAAAUUAAUCCGCCUUCCGAAAGGUGAAGCCCUCCAACAAAUCGUAAAUGGUUUCGAAACACGGUGGGGAUUCCCACAGUGCGGUGGGGCGAUCGAUGGAACACACCUCCCAGUCCUGCCACGGGGAUUCAAGACCGAUUUCUACAAUCGUAAAGGCUGGUUCUCAGUAGUUCUACAGGGCAUGAUCGAUCACCAAUAUCGCUUUAUGAAUGUGAACUUUGGUUUUCCUGGGAGUGUGCAUGAUACACGUGUUUUUGCAAACUCUAGCAUCUUCCAGUUAGGAGAGGCGGGUCAGUUAUUUCCGCCUACCACUAGAAUGAUUGAGGGUGUUGUAGUACCAAUCGUUAUUCUAGCAGACUCUGCGUAUCCACUCCUGCCAUGGGUUAUGAAGCCCUAUCUUGACAAUGGCGCACUGACCAGAGACAUGAAAACAUUCAACUACCGACUGAGCAGGGCCAGAAUGGUCACCGAGAAUACCUAUGGAAGGCUCAAAGGGAGAUGGCGUAUUCUUAUGAAGAGAAAUGACACUGACCUGAAGAACAUACCCAACCUUGUCAUGGCAGUUUGUACUCUGCACAAUCUUUGUGAAACUGCAGGAGAAGGGUUUGACGAGGCUCUGCUAGUGGAUGUGGCCGAAGGUCUGACGAAUCAGCCAAACCAAGACGAAGCUAACCACAUGAAUGAUGCCGAAGAAAUUAGAAAUGCUCUCAAACAGCACGUGUGUGCAAAUCCCCUGUAGUGAAACCACCAAGUUUGUACUCAUGUAGAUGUGUUGUUGCAAAAACGUUGGAACGCGAUUUUCAGUCUUUGUGAGAAAAAGCAUGAAUAUGUUUGCGAUCAUGCGAUGGCUUGAUUAUCUUUUGUGGUUCAUUAAAAUAAAAGAUAAAGUAACUCAAUGAAGAUGAUUUAUUAAUUAAGAAACAUAUCCAAUAUUCACCUACUUAAGCAUUUUUGGCUUGAAUCGGAUGAGUAGCGAAAUAUUUUCUUACUACAUUCCUGAAAACACCUCAGAAUAGAAUAGCAUGCUUGGUAUUUUGCUUUUCCAACUCAAAAAUGUUAACAACUCUCAGUAGCACCUUAUUCUGUUUACAAAUAGUUUCCAGUUUAAUUGUUCGUUUAUUUCCAAUUUCCACAAACUUCAUAAUUACAAAAUAGAAAUUACCUUGUCUUAUUUUUGUAAUUUUGAUAAUUAGGUUCCAAGAAAACAUAAUAGUGUCACACCAGUAUACUAUAAUUUUGAUGACUCUCGAGAACAACUGUGUGGCAGUUUUCAUAUAAAUGCGCUGAGAUACGUUUUUGUUUGCAUGCCCAUGCUUGUAAUAAAUCAAAAUACCGCCUUAUGACUUAAAUGAAUUUACUUUCGAUGAAACUUGUCCUAUUUUUCAUUUUUAUAUUCAAUCUAUGGAUAAAUCUUAAUGAAUACACAAAAAGCUGAAUUUUGACAAAUUUGGCAGUAGCAAUGUUUUUUGCACUGACAUGAUGUAAUAAACAUGUACAUCCCAGAUGCUAUUCAUGUCAAAAUAGUUUGGGUUAUGUGUAUACAUGUAGUUGAAAAAAGUAGCAGUCAAAAAGUUGAUGGAGCAACGGCGUGUAUUAAUUUUGCAUCGUUUCUACAGCCCCAAACCUUUUUCACUUUAAUUUAUAAACAUUUAAAGGUUGCAUAAGUUUAUUUUUAACACUAUGUUGACACACACAUGUCGUUUUCAAACUUUGUUUAUUACUGGUAAUGCAGAAUAAUUGCAUGGAUUGCUAGUAACUAGAAUUGAAAUGUUCGGUACAUGAAAACAAUGUAUGGAGUAACAUAAAAACGAUUUUACACAAUAAUUACUCUAAGCUAGACAUAAGUAUCAAUAUCUUCUUGGUAAUACUAACUGCACAAAUCUUCAUUUAAAAUAUGUUUAAACUUCCAUUAUGAAGAUUUUCUUUAAUCUACGUUGAAUGCAUUUGUAUGACUUAAAUAGAAAAAAGUAUGUAGGCAUUUUCAACAUUUGUAAUUUUGAAAAUAUGAGUUUGUACUAGAAGUGGCAGUUGACAUUAACAUGCUACUCAUUAAUUAAAAUACAUAUGUACUUGGAAAGAAAGUUGCAACCUGAUGCUGCUUUUUCUCAAUCAUCUUUAUUAGAAACUAGUAAAGGCUAGCUAACCACUAUGACAAAAACACAGCUAAAAACAAAAAGAAGUUUAUAAAGUAUGAUAAAAAAAUUAAUAAAUUGUAUGAGGAUGACUUAACUCUGCACUCCAGGUGAAGGGUUCUCAAUCAAUAGCAAAUCUACUUGAGUUUUGAUGCAUCAAGAUUCUGACUAGUUACAUGGCACUUUAUGGAAAUUGCACUUUUUUAAAUUUUUACUUGUGUUUUCUGGAAAAUAAAACUAAAAUGGAAAAUGUGGCUACAGAAAAAAAGCUUCACCCAUAAAACUAAUAAUGUGAUAACAAAUCAUGUAUUACACUUGAUGUACAUCCCAGUGUGGGGCAAGGUUUAAUGGCAAUGCUAGAAUUUUGAAAUGAGAUGAAUUUUACAAUAAUACUUAAUGCAGUACCCGUAGUAGUUGUUUACAUAAAUGGAAAAUUAUUCACCGUGCUAUACUGUAUUGCAGAUGUUCAUAAU